AAACAAGGGGAGACCAUCCAAAAAUUAUGUGCAAAAAAGGUAUCGCAUUUUUUUUUAGUAAAUUAAAUAAAUAAAUACAUUUAUUGUGUUCUAUAAAAUGUACAUGCCAGUAACUCUACUUGUAGCAGCUUUUGCUUUUUGUGAAGCAGCGAAUGUAGCCAAGAGAGAUGAGCAAUGCACCGGGAUGUUACAGUGCGCUAAUAUAGUUUCGCAAAUGGAACCAUCUAGCCUUGGUCCAAUGCAGGAAGAAGAACGAUACGAACACCUAUGCCAGAUAAGCAAUGACCUACGAACGUGUUUUCACAACAUCGAAGAGGACUGCCAAGAUUUAUUUUUGUUAAACACGGUUUUAGUAGGAGUUCAGACGUUAGGCUUCCUUUGCUCGGCACAGGGCAAAGAAGAGAUUGAUCUAGAUUCUGUCAAAGACUCUCCAUGUCUCAACGAUCAAACCACUGCCUUGUCAGCCAAAGAAGGAAUAAGCGAGUGCGUGCAGAGUUUCCAGAAUGAGUUACAGUUGGCCUCUUUCUCUGUCAUGUCUACUGUUGAAGAACUGGAGUCCAUCAAUGUCUGUUUCUACUUAGAUCAACUGAAAAGUUGCAUUCUGGGAUCAGUGGAAAAUGAUUGUGGCCAAAACAUUAGCACCGUUGCUCGAAAACUUGUGGACAUUGGCUACCAGCCUUUUGCCAUGGAGUUGCGCUGUGGUCAACAAGAUCGUCACAUCCGUUCUCUGAAAUCGAGACUUGUUCCCCUGAGUAUCUCUGGUGUCAGAAGAAGAAGUUAAAUGUCGACCAGCUUCACGGUUCAAAUCUUUUGAUGUCCAAGAUAAAAAAAAUGAAUUUGUCAAGAUAUUAUUUUUUUUUAAAACUAUCUCCAAUGUAUUUCAAAAAAAUUCUUUUAUAUAUUAUAAUAAAGGAAUAAAAUUUCGAUAGUUCAAUAAU